AUCUCCAGGGACCAGCUCUUCCACUGGGUGGCAAAGUCCUGUUUGGUCAGGAAGAAAACACGAAGAGAGGCCGCCAGGACGGUGCAGGGGGUCCCUAAGCCCAAGGAGGGGGAUCACACAGACUCUCUGCCUCUGGGGCAGCCCCCUCCUACUAGCCCCGGGGCUGCGGACGUGUCGUAGCGCUCUUACACCACCCAAGUUCUGCUCUGAGACUCUUGAUGAAAGUGAAACCAACAGGGUACGCUCCUGAGACCUGAAGUCGGAGGCUGGGUCCGCGGUGUGGACCCGACUCCUGGGGCUCUGAGCCCCGCGAUGCUGCGGGUUGCCAUGGUCCUCGCCUCAGUCCUCACCUCGGUGCGACCCCGGUCAUACUCUCUGCAGUAUUUCUAUUUGGCUGUGUCGGAGUCCAGUCCAGGAGUCCCUGCUUUUCUGGCCACUGGCUUGGUGAACGAUCUGCCCUUCAUCCGCUACAACAGUGAGAAGGAGAAAGCAGAGCCACUGGUUCACUGGUUGACAGAAGACGUGAGUUACUUUGACGAUGAGACUAAAAUCUUCAUAAACCGGAUGAAGAUUUUCCAGUUAAGUCUGAGAAAUGUGCAGAACUACUACAACAACACUCUGAGCAAGAGCCUGGCCUCCACACACCCCCAGCGUGCAGGCUCCCAUACCCUCCAGUUCAUCUAUGGCUGUGAGCUGCAGGAAGAUGGCAGGAAGAGCGGGCACUGGCAGUAUGGCUAUGACGGUGAAGAUUACCUCAUCUUGGAUAUGGACUCUGAGGAAUACUUGGCAGCCUCAUCCCCUGCCAGGUACACCACACAGAAGUGGAAGGCCUCUGGGAACAACAUAGAACACGACAAGAUCUAUUUGGAGACUGAAUGCAUCUUGUGGCUGAAGAAAUAUUUGAAGCUCGGAAGGCACAAUUUGAACUACACAGAGAGUCCCCGGACCCACGUGACCCACCACCCCCUUUCCAACCAUUAUGUGACCCUAAAGUGCUGGGCGCUGGGCUUCUACCCUGCGGAGAUCACCCUGACCUGGCUGCGGGAUGGAGAGGAGCAGACCCAGGAAAUGGAGCUAGUGGAGACAAGGCCUGCAGGAGAUGGAAGCUUCCAGAAGUGGGCAGCUGUGGUGGUGCCUUCUGGGGAGGAGCAGAGAUACACAUGCCAUGUGCAGCAUGAGGGGCUGCCUGAGCCCCUCAGCCUGACAUGGGAGCCGCCUGCUCAGCCCAUCAUUCCCAAGAUUGGUGUGGCCAUCUUUGCAGUUCUAGUUGUUAUAUCUGUGGUGCAUUUUGUGCUGUGGAGGAAGAGGACUGGAGGAAGGAAGGUGACAAGAGAGAAGGCUAUGAUAAGGCUGCAAGAGACGACAGUGACCAGGGUUCUGAUGCUUCCCUAAGAGCAGAAAAAGUGUGACACAGCUGCUUUGUGUGGUCUGAGAGGCACAGCAUUUGUUCCUGCCUCUCCUCCUCCCUCCUGGGACAUCAUGAGCUCCUGACUUCUCUUCCUGUACCUGGAAUCUGACCCAAUGCAGGCUUCUGUGUGCUGUCAGCCUCCUGUGAGGAACUGAGGAGCCAGCCCAGCCCUGAGCACCAGGACCCUCCCCACACUGACCUGGGUCUCUUUCCCCUCCAGCUGCUGCUCCAGCAGAGGCGGGGCCAGGGCUUCCCCAACCCUGACUUCACUUUCCCUUGCUCUGAGCUGCAGCUGCUGCUUUCCCACUGAUAAAGAGAAUGUGGAUGUGGGUCUGUGUUUCAAAUUGUUGCCAUGGAAAAAGGUUGAAUAAAUCAAUGAAUGAUUCCCAAAACUUGAGAUAGAAAAUAAGACAUGAUUAAAUUCCCGAAUCAUCA